GGGGUAGCUUACCCCACUGAAGCUUUAUUCUUCCUCCAUCUCUAACCUAAACUCAUUCGAAGCAAACAACAAACUUCCUUCUCGUCAACCCAGGAUGUAGACAACCACCAACCACGAAGGGAAAAAACAUGGACUACACAACCAAAAUACGCUCCGCCCUCCAGAACCAAUCCUUCCCGACCCCCUCCCUUCCCUGGACGACAAGCCUGACUUCGCGCGUCCCGACCCCGCCACUCCCCUCACUCAUCGCGACCGCCAAAGCCCGUCUCCUCGCCUCGGACCUCACGACGCCGGGCCUCCUCGAUUCCUCCGCCACCGUGAGCCUUCCCACCCCGAAUAUCGAGCUGCCUGAGUCGAUUCUGCAGCGCGACGUUCCUUGCCAGGUCCUCGACGUCGAGAACCUGAGCCUUUCGCGCUGGGAACAGGUCGAGGAGCUCGAGGCCCAGACCACGGGGCGGAGGGUUGUGAGGCUUGCUGCUGCGGCUGAGGAGCCCGAGUAUGAUAAUAUCGACGAGGGCAGCGGCGGCGGCGGUGGUGUUGGGGCUGGCAGUAGAGCCACGCAACCACAACAGCAGCAGCAACAACAGCAGCAGCAACAACAGCAGCGACGGAACGCCACGCACCGGCUGGUUUUGCAAGACUUUAAGGGCAACAAGAUGUAUGCGCUCGAGCUGAGAAGGAUAGACAAGAUUGGGAUCGGGAGCACGAAUAUCGGCGAAAAGAUGGUGCUGAAAAAGGGACGGGGUACUGUGUUACUGGAGCCGGAGAAGUGCGUGAUGCUUGGGGGUAAGGUCGAUGCGUGGCAGAAGGCCUGGGUCGAGGGGCGGAUGGCAAGGUUGAAGGAGGCUGUCGAAGCGGAAAGGUGAAGUUGUGCGGUUUGAGGAAAAUGGGAUUAGUUGGUGUGGCAUCACUUAGAGUUUGGUAUUGAUACCCCCUUGCUUUUUUUAUUCAUGGAAAACCAGGCAGCACAAAUU